AUGGAGACCUUGCAUAGUCGCCUGACGACUGGGGAGCAGUCCGGAGAUCAAGAACACUGUCAACCGGAGUCUCCUCACCGAGACCUGCAGCCCAAGUCUCCCUCCCAGCCCCGUCAGCAACAGCAAACCGGCUCCCCAAAGCCCCAUGGCGCGCUACAGCAACCCAAACAGUCCAGAAGACAGCAUCCUGAACGAAAGCGUCUCAGGCAUCAGCGGCAGAGCAUUGACUCAGAUACGGUGCUGGAAGACAAACAUGAACCAUCGAAAGCAACCACGGUUUCUAGUUUGUCACCAGGAGUCCCGCCGUCCUCGGCAGGUAGCCCGACCCAAUCCAAACCAGAAACCCAAGAGGGCACCCCAAAACAGAAACGAGAGCGUAAGCCUCAGAGACCAGGAAAAUAUGUCUGCACUUACUGUGGCCGUGCAUGUGCAAAACCUAGCGUCCUACAGAAACAUAUUCGCUCCCACACAGGUGAAAGACCCUACCCCUGCGCCCCAUGUGGCUUCUCUUUUAAGACCAAGAGUAACCUGUACAAACACCGCAAAUCGCAUACGCACAGGGUGAAAGCAGGUCUGGCGCUUGGGGAGCCAAGAUCUCUAGAGGAGCAAGUCACUGAGUCGGAAGACGAAACCCGACAGCUGUCAUCAGCCUCUUCCCACGCAGAAAGACAAAGCAGUGUAGCCUCAAUCAAGAGUCAUGAAACAGACAAGGCCAAAGGUAACACUGCAGGGAACGAUGACUCCUAUGCGGUGAAAAAGAGAUUGGCCUUGCGUCUAAGUAGAGGGAAACAUGCUCCCCAAGAUUCAUCAGAUGAAAAGUCCUCAUCUCUAAUAUUAGGCAGCAAAGGCAGUACAGAAUCCGGCUAUUUCUCUCGCUCUGAAAGUACUGAGCAAUCACAGGACAGUCCCCCGAACACAAGUGCCAAAAGCUAUGCAGAGAUCAUCCUCGGCAAAUAUGGACGUCUCGGACACCUACAGAGGAUGUCCCGUCAUCAAAACCAGCAGCCCUCUGGUCAGAAGGACAAAAGCAUCCCAUUCACAGUGCCCAAGAAGCAGGUCAUUGACCAUAUUACCAAACUCAUCACCAUCAAUGAGGCAGUGGUGGACACGAGUAAAAUUGACAGUGUAAAACCAAGGAGGUUCUCGCUCUCCAGAAAGAAUAGUUCAGAGUCUCAAAAGGGUUCCUCUACGAAGGAACCGCUAAUUCAUAGCCCUAAAACUGGAGAUCUGAGCUAUAAAAACAGUGGCUCCAUCACCAUGGGAGUUCCAUGUGAAAAAUUUCAUCAUCAGUCCCUAAAUGUGGAGCAGCCAGCUGGCCAAACAUCCACCGCCCCUCUGGUGAGAAGUCACUCAAUGCCAUCUGCAGCUAGUUCAUUUGAUACCUCCGGUGGUGGCCCCAGCAAAUUCCGCCUAAGUCAGUCCUUCGAUGAACGGCCGCCUUCGGAAAUAGCAGCGUCCCGUCGUUAUGGGAUGCUAAGACGGCAGCCAGCUAUUGAAAUCCCGCUCGGUGCCGAACUCACAAAAGAGGAACAGGAUGGUUCCCAUCCAUUUUACCCCGACAGCGUAACCACUGUGCCUGACCACAAGCAGAGUCAACCCCAGCCAUACGAGUGUGAGGCCUGUGGCACUGGAUGCAAGGAUUGGGAAGGUUAUAAGAAACACAAGCAAAGCCUGUGCUUAGCGCAUCAUCCCAGAAACGAGGUGGUGAUUAGUCAAAUGGAGUUCUCACAGCUAAUUAACCAUGCUGUCAAAACGGGAGCUUCAGCGGUACGCAAGAGGAGGAAAGAGGAGAGUUUUGAAUUUGAUGACCCCUCUUCUCCUUCGUUACCCUCUCCUGCCCUCUUGUCAGGACAGUGUAAAGAUGAAAGCAGCGUACCUUAUGAGGGCACCAGAAGACCUACACUGCAAACCUGUUCAGUUAUUCAACAUACUAGUUCAUUUGAAAAACAGGAAUCUUUGUGCAACGAGAGUCAAGGCUCCGAGGCGACGAAGAACUCUCCACCUCAUGACGAACAUCAACUAGUGCCUCAGAAACAGCCUCAACAGCAGCCGACGAAACUAGCAACUCGGAAGCUGGUCCGUCAACACAAUGUGCAAGUUCCAGAAAUACUGGUGACGGAGGACUCCAACAUGACCACGGAGAUCUCAGUAGAUCCAACCUCCACAGCAAAACAUUCAGAGAAACCUGAUGAAUUCCAGUGGCCUCAGAGGAGCCCCUCUCUGGCUCAGCUCCCUAUUGAAAAACUGCCUCCAAAGAAGAAGCGCUUACGUCUAGCUGAGGCUGCCCAGUCCUCAGGGGAAUCCAGUUUUGACUCAAUAUCUCUGCCCCGUAGCCCUAGUCAGGACAGUAGUGCCUCCUAUGCAUCCAGUCGUUCCACAUCCUUUGAAGAGUCGAACAGGCCGGACAUGGAGAUAGCAACAUCAUCACCACUGAGGAGGUCUAGAGCUCCCCACAUGCUAACAGUGCCUGGGGUGCAUCAGCACAGAGAGAUGAGGCGGUCAGCAUCUGAGCAGGCGCCUCAUGACCCGCAACUAAGUGUCCUAAUGGCCGAGACCCGCAGUAAGUCUUUUGACUACAGUUGUCUGUCACCGGAGCGCUCUGCGGUCGGCUGGAGGGAAAGAAGAAAAUGUCUCCUUAUGAGACACACUGCUAUCAGAGAUCCAGAUGAGGAGGAGGAAGACCAGUGUGCCAUAUCAAGCCGCAGUCCUGAACACAUCGCAACUAGCACAUCCUCUCAAGUAAGCCAAACCUCUGUGUGCUGCACUAGGUCCCCGUCUUCUCCUUUAUCAGAUCCUCUAAAAGACGAGGCCUCGCGCAUCCAUACAGGACAGCCCCCUCCUCAAGCACCACAGCCCUAUCCUUCACAUGGACCAUCAGGGGCAGCCAGGGCUCGCUACCUCCCCAUGUCCACAGGGUUGAAGCUGGAGAUUCCCCUACAACAUGAUGAUUAUUCAGACAUUCGAGUAAGUCACUCCCACAUCCAACAGUCCGUCCCUCACAUCACGUCCAGUCUGGAGUUACUGCGGCCGGUCACAUCUCCUUCAGUGGCGGUGCGUCUCCAAACGGACACCCUCACCCCAGCAUGUGCCAUAUACACCAUGUUGUCUCAGGCAACUUCCCCUAGGCCCCAGGAGGCAGUCGAUGCUGUUUCACACAACGUAGGUGUUCUGACAUCCGAAUACAGAAACCACAGGAGUCCAGACUUUGAGUUGUGGUCUGAUGAUGGCAUGAGGUUAUCGGGCUCAGGGGGCAACAAGCGCAUGCUUUCCCCUUCAAACAGUAUAGAGAUCCCCCCUGAUCUGCUGUCCAGCACCUGUAACAGCUGGUGCUAUUUGAACUACAUUAAACCAAACCCUUCAGCUCUGGAUGAACAGAAACCCUCGGUCUAUUCAUCGUGGUCCACAAGCAGCUAUGACCCCAACCCACCUGGCCUCUCCAGCAAGACGGCUCUCUCUCUGCUGCACUGUAAGCAGAGGCUCAGUCCCUCCAUCUACACUCUAUCCCCCAUGUCAGUCAGGACAACUGAGUCAAUGGAGCAAGAGGACAACAAAAGACCAUGCUCCACUGAGGUCUACAACAGCCAGUCGUACUGCAGAGACCACGAGGGAGCGAGGAAGGGACAGACGUCGUCAGAGGACAACGGAUCAAACAGAGAAGAGGGGAAGGAGGAAGAGAAGAAGGAGGCGGAGGAGGAGGAGGAAGUCCAGCCAUGCUCCAGAAAUGAACAACCUCCUGAAGUUUGGAUCUCUGAGUCGGGAUCAAAUGAGAAGUAUGGCGUCCUGCAUGGCGGAGGUGGAGGGAAGUGCCAACGUGAGGAUUGUGGAUUCCACCUCAAGUGCACCGACCGCUCCACGGGGUCGUCUCCGUGUAACUGCAGUCAGUGUAACGUUGCUUUCAAAGCCAAAGGGAGCCUCGCCGACCACCUGAGGUCUGAGCCACGCGGAAAAGAAACCUGUUGUUACCCAGACGACACAGAUGAAGGAGUCUGUGAGGACCAAUCAGUUCACCCUGACAAGCAAAGCCAGUCCUCUGAUCUGGGAGGAGGUGGACACGAUGGGGACGACGGUGCAAAGGACAAGGACGGUAGAUGCGAAGACAGCUGGUCCAAGGUGGCCGAAAGCUCCCUCUCCUCCGACAGUGAGAAACCUUGUUCGGGAAGUUCGCCGAUGGAGCCUGAGCCCAGCCGACCACUCGCACUCGACCCCAAGGAUUCUACCCAGAAGACCUCGGCCAGGACCAGGAGGGCCCUGUUCGCCCGCAGGCGCCUCGAUGCUUCAGCCUCCGUAUCCUCCAGAGGCUCCCAUUCUCCCACUGCUCAGUCCCUGACUCCGCGGAGGGAGCCGUCUCCACCGUGUAGCCCAUCGCCCGGGCCUCAGCGGCCCCCUGCUCCUCCUCCCUCCCUCUCCCCGUCCAGUUGUCAUGUCUCCACCUCCCCGCUGAGACCAGUCUCCCCCGUUAGAGGUCUUUCUCCUGUAAUAGUCCAGCCCCAUGGAUCGGAGUCCUCUGGGCCUCCGGGCUCCCUGGCAGACAGCUCUGCUCAGUGUCAAACCUGUCUUCACCCGCGGGACCGAGCGUCUGCAGCGAGACUGUCUGUGGACGAGGUCGGUCUGACCCACAUCACCCCACAUCCCACGCGGCUUCGGGGAGCCCACAACCUCCUGAGUCACCUCCCUCUGCACUCCCAGCAGCCGAGCAGGGCCCCGAGCCUCCUGAUUCCCAUCGGGGGGAUUCACAUGAUUCAGCCCAGGUCCCCCCUCCCGCUUUACAGCCUGGUGAGCAGCCCCGCAGCAGCCACAGUUAACCCCACAGGUACAGGGACACCCUGGAGGCUGGGGGGCUCUUUGAAGGGGAGGUUUCCUCAACUGCAGCGACAAGAUACUCUCAAAGAGACGUCGCCCAGCAGCCGAGGCAGCCCGGCGCACCCCGAGGCGUUAGGGGAAAUGUCCGGGAGCAGCCGCCCGGACGCUCUGUUAAACAGAAAGAGUCAGGGAUGUUUCAGCGUCCAGCGAGCGCCCAGCCCCAGGACAGAGACGAGGCACCCGGAGGUGAGCACAGACGCACAUGUUACAGGGAGGUGUGUUUACCACGAGAGCGCCCAAGGCCAAAACGAGACUCCCUCCUCCCAGACAUAACUCUGAUAGGAGGGAGAGUCUGAAGGGACAGUGCAAAAGACUGAGGACCAGAAUCUGCGUGUGAAAAUCCUGCACCGCACUCCGGUUCACAGUCCGAGGACAAAAAAGGCAAGAGCACUUGAGCACCGCUUUUGAAUGACGCUAUUAUGUAAUUAUAUGAAUAAUAUAUAUAUAGACACUAUGUUAGAUAUGCAGUAUGUUUUGUAAAUCUUUUUUUACCUUCUUGUUUGAUGUCAUUGGUGUUAAUUUAUUUAUGUGCUAUUAUGCAAAUUCUGUACUAUAUGCAAAAGCAGCUGGAAUGAAAAUAGACAAAGUUUUAAUCAGUUUCCCUAUUAACCCUUUGACAGCUCUAAUAUACUAUUGCUGUGUUAUUGUACUGUAUUACCAAAAUGGAUAUAGAAAGGUACUACAAAUAUUUAUUCACCCCGACCAGUAUUUUGAAGUGCAAUUUUACGUCAAGAUUGUGGUUUGAAUUGUCAUUCUUAAAGGCUGUGAUUAUUCUUAUUAUUGUUUGUCAGUUUUUGUU